AUGAGACAUAUUUAAUUGGGAAUGAAAAGAAAGAGAUGUAUUUAAAUUUAGAGAUAAUUGAAGUAAAUUAAUUUAAUAAUGUAAGACGAUUAAAAACUUUAUUCAAUCAUAUUUCCUGAUUCUAAUCUAUAAUCUGUAAAUCAGGUGCCUUUUUUCAUAAGGGAUUACGAAAUCAAUCGGAAACAGAUUUAUUGCUCAGCUUAUUCAAACGAAUUGCUAGUUUUAGGACAUUAUAGUAAUUAGAAUUGCAUUUCGAUAGUCGAUGUUGUGACGAGAAACUACAUAAUUUAAUACACGAAUUUGAAUAAUUAAGGAUGCAUUGUUACCGCUGUUGCAAUAGGAUAUUAUAACAAUUAUAUUUUAGUCGGAACACAAAAGGGAAGAUUGGAAAUGUAUUAAUUAUGCAAUUCAAUAAAAUAAUACGAUAUUCUGAAACAGAUAGAGAUUAUAAAAUUUAGUGAAACGUAAAUUUAGAAUAUUUUUUUAACCAAUGGCGAUUUAGCUAUAGUAAUUGAUUUGAGCAGCAUAAAAUGUUUUUAUAUAAAUUAGUUGACAUAAUCAGUAUAGAAAUAGCCAAAAGAAGUGAGCAACAAAUAUUAACUGUUAUAAUAAGAUAUAGAGACAAUAACUGAAAAGUUUGUAGUUGGUAUAAGUGCAAGUUCAUAUUGUCAUGAGACGAACCAGUUGGUAAUUUCAUUAGGAGAUAGUUCUAUGGUGGUCUACACUUUUAUAGGGGAAGAUAUAAACUCUAAUUUAAGGACAGCAAAAGUGUAUGUGAUUGAACCUUUUGAAAUAAUAAAUAAACUAACAAUCAGUAAUGAUGGGCGAUUAUUGGCAGUAGCUUAAUGCAGAAUGGUAAAUGGUUUGGAAUACAAAAUCAGCAUAGUGGAUUUAAAUAGAAAAGGGAAGGUAAUUAAGAAGUAUCAAUUUUAUGAUGGUGCAGAGGUAUUUGAUAUGAAAUUCUUUCCAAUUCAGAAUAAAUUAUAUGUGGUUGUAAACACAGGAUAAAUAUUUAUUGUCGAUAUUGAUCAAAUUAACGACGAACGAUUAUAUCUUUAAAAUUUGAGUGAUGUAACUAAAUAAAUUUAUCCCUUAAGUCAUUAUUAGGAAUUUCCAAACUUAUUAUAGAUAUCAGAGAAUGGUCUAAUAUAGAUUAUCUCUUAUGAUACACAAAAAAUAGAUCAUUUAGUUUAAAUGCCAUUCCUCUAUUUUAUUGAGUUGAAACUCUAGGAGAUGUUCAAUUACAAACCCUUAUUACAACAAUAUUUCUAAUCCUCAUUUUACAUUGGAUUUUCAGGCAUUGACAAGAAAACUCAAUCUGUACAAUAGAUAAUGUUGAAUGGAGAAUAGUACUUUGAACCAUUAUAUGAUGGAAUUCUAAAGAUGAGUGAGUUUCGAGAAUUCUACAAAGCAGAAUUCCAAGAGAGGUUGAGACACAGAAGGAAGAAAUAUGAAUUAAGAAUAUAGAUAUUAGCAUGGUCAUUGAAUAGUGUUAAACAAAAUCUAUUGCCGUAAUCUUUUGGAAUGGGUAUCCCAUAAUAAAUAGAUUUGAAAAAGAAUGAAAGUGAAAAACAGGAAAUAAGAAAAUAGUCAAAGUAGAAGAAGAAAAAGCAAUUCAUGAAAAUAGAGUAGUUCUUUGAUACUGCCCAAGAUACAGAUAAUAAAAUGUUCUUGUAUCUAAGCGAUCUCGCUGAUGCCUAUCUCAGAUAAUAUAAUGAUUUGAAACUAAGUGAUGAUAGAUACUUAGUUAUUUCUAAACUUUUAUAGAAUUUGCAGUACUAAAAUUUAACUAUGUUACUUCUGGGAAAUUGCUCAUUAUUAUUUGAUGUGAAACUCCCUUUUAAAGAGUAUAUCAUUGAUUUGAUCAACAAAGUCGAUAGAUUAAGUUACCUAGAUCUCAGUAAUAACAAAAUUACCUUUGAAGAUAUCAAAAAAAUAACUCGUCUGACUUAAUUGAAAUAUUUAGAUUUAUCUAGUAAUUAUCUUGGGAAUCAGACUAAGAAACCUAUGAUGAAAUAAAAAAUGAGAUAUCAAAAUCUAGAAAUGGCUAAUGAUGAUGAAUAAUAAUUGAUUCCUGAAGAUGAUUACUCAUUUUAUAGAUUACUUUUUUAAAAGAUUCCAAUUGUCAAUUUAAGAAAUAAUCAAUUUACUGAUGAGGAAGGUUGUAAAUUAUUGAGGACACUUGAAAAUAAUGAAGAUUUGAGGGUGCUGGAUAUUUCUGGCAAUUUACUCUUUAAAGAAUAAACUAGAAAUCAAUUAGAAAUGUUGAUUAAAAAUAAGAAUCUAAUUAUGAAGAAUACCUAAACAUUAAUAAUUGAAUUUAGUGAAGAAUUGUCUGAAUCAACAAUGAAAUAAUUUACAAAACAAAUUAUAGAAAAAUUCACUUUGCAAUUAUCUGAAGAAUAAAAGUUAGUUAAAAAUUCUGAUGUGGAAGCUUUUGAAUAACAAGUUUAAGAGGAAAUUCCAAUGAAUUUUUACUUAUACAUUGUAAAUUCCAAUUAGAACUACUAUUGGGAUUAAUCACUAUUAUAAUUGUACGAAAGACAAGAUGAAGGAUAAGUAGAUGAAAUUAAAACAUGCUUUUGUGCUUUUUUCAUGAUCUAUGUUAAAAUGUGUGUGGAUUUGUAUUAAAACAUUUAAGCCAAUUUUGUUGAAUGUUUAAAAUAGUGUUUUUGUUCUAUUUAUUUUGUUUAAAAAUACCUCUUAUGCUGUUAUUGUGUAUUUUUGCAAAGUAAUUAUGGAUCCUUUAUCACUCAUCUUUUAGGUAUUAAGACUGCUGAUUAUGAAUAUAACAACAAGAAGGAUGAUCUCAAAAAACACCUUGAAAAUAGUAAGUAUCCAUUAAAUAUAUUAUUUUGGAUUAACUUUUUAGCAUUUUAUUUCAUUUGCGUAUUCGUACCCGUGUAUUUUGUACUUGCGUGCUCAGGACAUUAAUGGACAGGACAUUUUAUAUAUUGCGGUUAUGCAUUUCUAGUUUGUUUAUUAGAAAUCAGAUUGGCAAAGACUUGCAUAGAUCACGAAAUUACUCAUGCUGAGUUUUCAAAUGGUCCUUAUUGGAAGAGAGCAAAUAGCAAGGAUUUGUUUUUAAGUUAAAUGGCUAAGUUUGAUGUUUAUUCUGAUAUUUGUUUUAUUACUACUGUGAUGACAUGUGGGGAUAACACUGCCAUAGGAUAUUGUGCAAUAGCUAUUAUGGCUUUAACAUUGUCUACAACUAUGUUUCAUAUCUUAAGUUUGUUAUUAUCGAGAUAAGAUGGAGAUGAAAAUUAUAUUGACUAUUUAUGCAAUUAUUGCUCUUUUGUUGAAAUUCAUUUAGUGGGUUCAUUAUUAGAAAAAUGGACAAUAUAAAAUACAACCAACUUUUUAUGGAUGAAAGGAAUUCCAAAUAGAGUUUAUGCAGCUACAUUUAGAACAUUUGCAGAAGAUUUGCCAUAAUUUUUAUUAUAGGUCAUUUACUUAUUUCUGAAUCCAAACAAAAAGUCAAUAGAAAUUCUUAUGCUUUCCUUAGCAUCAUCAACUAUUUCAAUUAUAAUUUCAGUCACUAAAUCAUUGACGAUAACCAAAGCCAAUAGAAUCAAUGACAUUAUUAUGAUGAAUGAAGUGAAAACAAAGCUAGGAUUACAUAAGGAAGUUACAGAUCCAAAAUUAAAUGAAGAGCUGAUUCAAUUUCUUCAUGAUUAUUAUUAGAAUUUUGAUGGAGAAGAACAUGUUCAAGUAUUAUAAUAUGGCAUGACAGAUACUAAAUAUUUAAGAAAACCCAUGGAGCACACUACAAACAUUAGAACAGUCAAAGGAUAAAAAUAAUCAAUUAAAAUCAUUAAGGGAAUAUCUAUGUUGGUUGAACAAUAACAAUAAACACAGUAAAAACCAUUACCAAUGAUCAAGAAUCCAACUCAGGCUCUGGAUUAUGAAAAAUUGGAUUUCUUUGAGCCAUAUUUGUUUUUAAUGAACAGCAAUUAAGCUAAGUUAAUUUAGAAAUUAUAUCAAAGGGGAUAGGAGAUGCAUCCUGAAAUUGCAUAAGUACUAUUAGAAUUAGAGAUACAAGAUUACGUGGAUAAUGUCCCUUCAUUUUAAAAUGAAUAUGAGAGAUAUGAUUUUGCAGAGGGAAGUUUCAUUGAAAGUUUUGAUGUUUAGAUCAAAAUCUUAGAGACUAUUUAUAAAUAUGUGAAGAAAGACUUAAAUAAAGAAUUAUAAAUAUUGGAUAUUGGUUGUGGAAGUGCAUUUACAGCAACAGCCAUACUCAAAUUGUUGGAGAAACUAAAACCAAAAGGAACAUACAAAAUUUUAUGCCUUGAUCAUAUUCCUUAAAUAUUAGAAAGAGCUAAGAAUGUCAUUGAAAUGGGAUUUGAGGACUUCCUGCAAAAUAAAAUAAUUUAAUUUGAUAUCUAUGAUUGCCGAAACUCAUUAAUGCAAUUUGGACAAUUUGACAUUGUUAAUUAUGGCUUUGCUGUUUAUUAAGCAGAUAAUAAAUUAGUUAAAUAAGACGGAAUUGCUAUAGUACCCUUGAUUACUUUAACACCUUAAGAACAUGAAUACUAUGCUUUAUAAAGGUAUAAAGAUUAAGAAGAUGAGCUCAUAAAUUUAAAUUUAGAAGCGUAAUCAGGGUAACUAGUUGCAAAAGAAUUGUAAUUCCCAGAUCUAUAUCAAUACUUCGAAAUCAGGAAAGGAGAGUAAUGUAAUCUGUGUAAUAAAUCUAUCAUUAAUUAAGGAUAAUUCUAUUCACCAUGGUUAUGCAGACAUUAUUGCAUUGAGUGUGGAUAAUAAGAUGAUGAUAAAAUAGAACUAUAAGAAUUCAAGAUUCUAAGUAAUUUAGUAUUUGUACCAUCGUGUGCAACUGACGAAGAAAUGAAUAGAUUAAGCUCAUAUAAAUUUGGACACAACUUAUUCCCUAAAAAGAAUCAAUAACUGAAUAAGUAUCAUCCCAUAGAUUGUCAUCCAUGUUAAAGAGAAAAAGGAGAAGAAAAAGAUUUUGACCCAUUACCUAGAUAUAUUUGCUUAAAUUGUAGACCAGGCAAAUUUGAUGGCCAACAUGUUGAUAUUUGUUAUGAAUGUGCCAAAUGUUUUAUUGAUGAUGAAAUGGAGAAUGAGAGAGACCUCAAAUUAUAUUAUUUAUCAGGACAUUAAUCAAGCCACUUAUUGUUAAAGAUUCAUUUCUAUUAUGAUUAUAAUCAGUAUUGA